CCAAGCCCCGCCAUCGCUUUGGAGUGGUUUUCGUUCGUCACAGGCAAGAGUGACAGACGACGUAGCUUCCCAGAAAAUCGCAAGAGCUCCCCUCCCAAACUGCCACCGCAAAAAAAAUAAACUCCCUUUUUUGUCGCCUUCGGUCAAGCACCCUCUCAUUCUACCCACCAAUCCUCUGCAUUCACGACGGGCAGAGAAGGAGAGGCUUCAUAUCAACCGUACAGGUGACGUGCGCAUACCGCCACUUCUUCCUACCUACGACCGACCGACCGAACGACCGAACGACCUGCCAAGUAAGGCUGUUGCAUUUUCGGUAACUUAUUUGCUCCCAACGCGACGUUAGAUCUUCCUGCCCUGUACUACCUUCACGACCGCGUUCGUCGCAAUAUCAACAGCCAUGGCCGACCUUGCCAGUCGCAUCACAGAGCCUCCCGCUGAGGGCGCAGCAGAGGAUGCGCAAAUUCCCCAGGCUGACGGCAACGUCGAAGCACUUGGAGGAUCUGGUCUCAUCGAAAACACCUACGAUGUCGAUGUCAAGCUUGGCGACCUUCAGUCCGACCAAACCAGCACCCUUUAUUCUGCUGCAACCUUCAGCGACAUGAACCUGCCCGAGCCCAUCCUUCGCGGUCUCCUCAGCCUCAACUAUCAGAAGCCCUCCAAGAUCCAGGAGAAGGCUCUUCCCCUGAUGCUUGCCGACCCUCCCCGCAACAUGAUCGCCCAGUCGCAAUCCGGCACUGGUAAGACUGCCGCCUUCGUCGUUACCACUCUGUCCCGUGUGGACUAUAGCCAGCUCGAGCAGCCUCAAGCUCUUAUUCUUGCGCCCAGUCGUGAGCUUGCGCGUCAGAUUGAAGGCGUCGUUGGCAAAAUUGGUAGCUUUUGCGAGGGUCUUAAGGUGGCUGCAGCUCUUCCCGGUGCCCUUGAGCGCAACGCCCCUGUCAGAGCCAACGUCAUCGUCGGUACUCCUGGUACCGUCAUGGACAUCGUCCGCAGACGCCAACUGGAUGUGUCUAAGCUUCGGCUCCUUGUUAUUGACGAGGCCGACAACAUGCUUGACCAGCAGGGCCUUGGCGAUCAGUGUGUCCGCGUCAAGAACAUGCUCCCCCGCGACAUUCAGAUCCUCCUGUUCUCUGCCACUUUCCCGGACAAGGUUAUGGGCUUUGCCGAGAAGUUUGCGCCCAAAGCUGAUCAGAUCCGUCUGAAGCACACCGAACUCACCGUCAAGGGCAUCUCCCAGAUGUACAUUGACUGCCCCACCGAGCAAGACAAAUACGAGGUUCUUGUUAAGCUCUACGGUCUUAUGACGAUCGGCUCCUCCGUCAUCUUCGUCAAGACCCGCGAGAGCGCCGACGAGAUCAAGCGACGGAUGGAGGCUGAUGGCCAUCGUGUGUCGGCCCUCCACGGUGCCAAAGACGGCCCCGAGCGUGACCGCCUGCUGGAGGAGUUCAGAAGUGGCCAGUCCAAGGUUCUUCUUACCACCAACGUGCUGGCUCGUGGUAUCGAUGUGUCUAGCGUGUCGAUGGUUAUCAACUACGAUAUCCCUAUGAAGGGACGCGGAGAUUCGGAGCCCGACCCUGAGACAUACCUGCACCGUAUCGGCCGCACUGGACGUUUCGGACGCAUCGGUGUCAGUAUUAGCUUCGUCUACGACAAGAAAAGCUUCUACGCUCUCAAGCAGAUCGCGGACCUGUACGAGAUCGACCUCGUGCAGCUCGACGCCAACGACUGGGACCAGACGGAGGAGGACGUGCAGAAGGUCAUCAAAUCGAACCGUGCCAAGGCCGCAUUCGCACCGAGUGCCACCGACACCGGCGCCACCAAUGCCGCCGCCAAGUCGUAGAACUAUCUUGCCGCCGCCAGUUCGGUUGUCGACGGGAGGGCUACACCAAACGAGACGGGAUGGCUGUAGAACGAUGUGCAGACAGCCGAGGCUAAGUGAUCUGUUCUAGAGAGUUGCCGCAUUCGGAUGUAUGUGGAGUUGGCGGUCCUCGGAUGAGGAUUGAAGCCUCUAAGCAGAGGCUACGAAAACUGAGAUACCAUCAAAAGAAGAAACAAUGGAAAUUACUGAGCAUAACUAAUUUCGGCUAGUCCAUUGGUUGGAUCGGACCCCAAAGAGGCGUCUACUUCUACGCUUGAAGGCUUGUACGGGAUGCAGCUGACACAAGCAGGGCGCUUCAUGAAGCUAGAAGAGAACAACGGUGCGCCGGAGCUGGCCUGAGGCUGGCGGCUGCAAAGAAUACCAGGGAUAGUAAGGCUUGGUUCUUCCGGGCGAGAAACGGGGUUGCGUU